CGAGAGGCCUCGGACGCCGAGCUUUUCCGGGAAGGAAAUGUUGUGCGCUCGGGUGGGAGGCGUCCGCAGCCCCGCCGAGUCGGCCAUGCUCCGCCUGCGUCCCACCUCCGCGCGGACCCAGGACAUUGCCCACCUGCUGACCAGCGUCUUCCAGGACCUGUAUACGGUGGCUAUCAUAGGCCCGGAACUGGGGGCCACCCUGAUACAGUCCCGAGGGGGAGACGACCCCUUUCACGAGAAGUUCGUGGACGAAUUGCAGCAGCUCCACCGGGAUCACUGCCGGCGCCUGGUAGAGGCCGACAUGGUGGAAAGGGUCAUCGUGGAGGCCCGAGCCCGGACUGCGACCGAGGAAGAGAGGGUCCUAAGCAGGGUGAACACAGACACCGGGGAGCUGUUCAGCGGCAUCAGGCUGCCUUCAGGCUCAGUCCCCUUCAGGUGGGUGGAGGACAGUAAACUCUUGAGGAAGCACCACCUGCUUUGCCCUGAGGACUAUCUCCAGCUUCAAAAGGCCCACUUUUCUGGUGCCCCAAAAGAUGGAUUCGAUCCUGACCACAUCAGAUCCACCUGUAGUUUUGAGCAGCAUAUGGCACAGCCGCCUAGGCGCUUGGCUCGACUUCUUCAUGGCCAGAAGCGUCCAGUGGCUCAGAUGGGCAUUGAGCGGUGGCAGCUGUUUGUCCCGAAGCAGCAGCGGGCGGCCCAGAGCCCAGUCCGGUGUCCAGCCUGGAGUACAGCCCGGAACCCAGCAUGGAUGGAUCACCUGCCGCCAGCGGAGCGCGUGCGGGAGCGGAACCUCUUGGCCAGGCUGGAGAUGCGGCACAACUUCCUGCGAAACCCCAAACUCUUGCCACCCAAUACAGUCCCCGGGGGCGCGUCACUGCUUGUGCCCUCCCUGCGGGCCAGUCGGGGCCGGAGACAGAGCCGGGGCCGGGGGCAGGGGGCAGUGGCCCCGGCCGGCAGCACUGAGCCCGCUGCGCCCGUGUUCCUGCCUAACCCGCCGGCGGUGGUUUUCACUGAAUUCCAGGCUGGACAGGUCUACGAGACGAUUGUGGAGAUGCAGAACACAACGGCCUCCAGCCGCCACCUGCGCCUCAUCCCACCCAGCACACGCUUCUUCUCUCUGGGCCUGGGGCAAUUUCCCGGGGAAGGGGGCCUAGUGGCCCCUGGGAUGAGCUGUCAAUUCCCCAUCCGCUUCGCUCCCGACUCGCUGGCUGACUAUGAAGAUUUCCUGCUGGUGGAGACCCAAGCUGAGCAUUCCCUCCUGGUCCCUCUCCAAGCCAAGAGGCCCCCUCCUAUGCUAACGUGGCCUCGGCGGCUGGACUGCGGAGGCUGUCUCCUGGGCGGCGUCAAGCUGCUGAGCUUCCCGUGCACUAACUAUGGCCUCAGCCGAGGACGGUUCUGCGUCAUACGCCAAAAAGACUGGCCUCCCCCGACUUUCAAGGCUGUGGCCCAACGGGCCUUCGUGGAAGAAGCCCCAUUCGCCAUCCUGCCGGCCCUGUUCGAGCUUGGGCCCGAGGACUCGGUGGCCAUCGAGGUCCUGUUUUUCCCAACUGAACUGGGGUCGUGGGCACAAACGUUCAUCAUUGUGUGCGACAAUUGCCAGAUCUGUGAUGUCACCAUUACAGGGUCGGGGGAAUUGGCCGCGGUGGAGCUGGUGCACGUGUCUGGCGAGGAGAGCCGGCCACUGCCCGGGGAGGCCAGGGACCCGGCAGCCCAGUACUUUGUCCGCUUCGGACCCCAGAACCCACAAGUGAUGGCCGAAAAGCAGGUGCUGAUCAGAAACUGCUCGCACGUGCAGCUGCCUUUCCACUGGCGAACAACGAAGCCCAACCUUCGGCCGCACACCCCUGGAACUGCCCUGCCUCCAGCCGAAGUCCACCCAGAUCCAGGGUCGGCUUUCGCCGUCACCCCGGGCCAGGGAGUCCUGGAGCCCCACCAGGUUGCCCAGUUCCUGCUCACCUUCAAGCCCCCAGAGCCCCAAGAAUACCACAGUGUGCUGCAGAUGGUGCUGGAGGACGCCGUCAGGCCCCCCGGCCCAGAGGACAGCAUGGCCAUCGCCCUGGAGAUCGAGGCAAAGGGGUCAGCGGAGCCGCCAGAGGUGGUCCUGGAGCCGAGUGCCAUCCUUAUCCCCGGGGCCAGCUUCACCGGCACCAGUAUCCGGAGGAUCUUUCAGAUAUGGAACACCAGCCAAUCUGCCAUCAGCUUCUCCUGGGAGAGUGUCACCGUCGACCACAUCAUCGAGGUGACACCAUGCACCGGCACCCUAGAAGCCAAUGGCCGCUGCGACCUGGAGUUGCACUUGACCGGCAAGAACCCAGGCGUCAUCAGCGUCAGCCUGCGCUGCACUAUUGAGCAUUCGCCGCAGCCAGCGGUCCUGCACAUCCAAGCCACCUUCCAGGGUCCUGCUCUCACGGUCAACGUAGCGGCCCUCAAUCUGGGUCUGCUUAGGGCAGGCGACGUGACAGUCAGCACUCUGUGGAUCGAAAACCGCAGCCCACUGCCCGCCUUGUGGCAGCUUCAAGAGAGCCAGCAGUGCCUGCAGGACCGGGGCGAGGAGGAGUCCCCGUUCAACGUCGAGCCUCCUGGUGGUGAGAUCGGCCCUCUGGGGGAGUGUCGUGUGUCUGUCCUGUUCACGGCUUCCCGCUGCCAGCGCCUGCACACCGUUCUGGUUCUGAGCGUGGAGGGUGGAAACCCGAGCCACAUCCUCGUGUCUGCCGAGGUCCAGCACCCCAUCGUGAGCCUGCUGUCCAGCUCCCUAGUGUUCCGGGACCUUUAUUUCGGCGUGCCCGCCCAGGCCACUGUCCAGCUCGCCAACCACAGUCUCCUGCCGGCCAGAUUCCAGUGGGGGCAGCUACUUGGGAGCCAGGCCUCCCUGUGCUGUGCCAUGGUGCACCCCACCAAGGGCCUUCUGGGCCCCAGGGAAGAGAAGGAGCUGCAGGUGGAGUUGACAGCCCACACCUUGGAGGAGCUGUGUCAACUGGGUCUGCCCUGCCAUGUGUCAGGGAUGGGGGAACCCCUCAUCCUGUCCAUUUCGGGGAGAGCACAAGGGCUGCACGUGAGGCUGUCAGUGCCUGGGGACCCUGCACAGAGUGGCAGCGAGCAGCUACCUGGGAGCCCACCCCCCCUCCAGCUGGAUUUUGGGUCCGAUGUGGUGCUCGGGAGCCCGAUGAAGCGCCAGUUGCUUUUGACGAAUGACUCGGCCAUCGCAGCUCCGUUCACCCUGGUGCUGGAGUACUUCGGGGGGGCCCCCCUGGCCUCGGUCCCACCCUCGCCUAAAUGCAGACUACCGGCCCUGAUGACCUCGCGGCUGGCGGAGGCCCUGGCCAGGAAGGAGAAGCAGGCCUUCGAGGAAGCAGUUCUGUCUCAGGGGAAAGGUGCAGCUUUCUGGGUGCAGCCAGCACAGGGGACUCUGGGUCCCUUCGAGCAGCUCUGCGUGGACAUCACAGCCUACAGCAACAUGUGGGGAGCCUAUAGCGACAUCCUGGUUUGUAGGGUGGGAGACCUGCCAGCCACAGUGGUCCCUGUGAGGAUGGGUGUGGUGGGCUGCCCGAUCUCGCUGCAGAUGGCCGGGCCGCAGCAUGGAGAACAGGCCAGGGUUCCGACCAUCAUCAGAUUUGGGACCCAAGUGUCCGGGGGGAACAAAGUCUCCCGUGCUGUGCGGCUGAAUAACUCCAGUCCCUGCGAGAUCCGCAUGGACUGGGAGACCUACAGCCCCGAGGAAGACAAGGCCAAACUCCUGGACCUGCUGCUUUUUGCCGGGACGCCCUUCCCCCUGCACCACCAUGACGGCAGCGAGGUCCUACCUAGCGAUGGAUGCCCUGAGGCCUGGGGCCCCGGUGACCGGGGCCACCCAACAACCAUCCCGGGAUCCAUCCCGCCUGGACCGCCUCCAAGCACAGCAGAAGGGAGUGAUGCUGCAGGCCCCCCGAGGCCUGAGCCGGCCCAGAAGCUUCUAUCCCUCGUGCUGCAACCCCGGGAGGGCAUCCCCUCAGCCUACCCCUACAACGUCACUCCUCGGCAAAUGACGAUUCCUGCCAGGGGCAGUGCCACGAUCCACCUGUCCUUCACCCCCCUGCUCCCACCCGAGGUCCUGUGCAGAGUGCCCUGUCCAGGGUUUGCUCUAGGCUACCUGAGCCUGGACCGUAAGGUUGACCAGGAAGUCCCCGGGAAAGUGAAACGCCUGCAAGAUUUUGCCGUGGGUCCCCUGAGGAUUGACUUGCAAGCCUUUGUCAAACCUGCUCUGUUGAAAGUGGACGGAGACAGCAAUGGGGGCCUGCAGUUCCGCUGUACCGCCAGCGAGCUGAUCCCGGACUCCCUGCUCUCCCGAAUCCUGACCGAAGCGGUGACCCUCCGCCGCCUGAAGCUCUCCAACAGCAGUGAUUCCCCACUCUGCUUCCGCCUCCUCCUGGUUGCCCCCUUCUCCGUCUGGGCGACUGACCCCCCUGGGGCCCAAGUCCCAGCCAGCGGCACAGACCCCCUGCCACCGGGCGAGCUGCUCCUGGCCCCGGGGCAGAACAUGCUGGUGACACUGGCCUUCACAACCUCGCUGAAGCUACUGGAGCAGCAGAGCCUUCCCGCUGACCGCCGGCACCCCGGGGUCCAAAUGCUGCAGGCCGCGGAUGGUGAGAAAUGGCUGGAUGUGAGCGACAACCUGGUCCUGGAUUUCGGGAACCAAUCCCAGCAGUUCGUGCCCCUGCUGGCGUCGGUCACCGUUCCACUGCUGCAGCUCUCCACUAGCAGCGUGGACUUUGGGACGUGCUUCGUGGGCCAGCCGCGGAGCCGAGACAUCUUCCUAAUGAACCACAGCAGCUGUCGGAGCUACUGGACGGCGGUUCUGGAUCAGCAAGGGCGACACAGCAAGAGGCUCGCCUUUGGGGUCUCCCCUGGCCAUGGCAGCAUCGCGGCCCGCCACCCCUGCGGACCCCCAUCCAUGGCCACGCUGCAGAUGCUCUUCACUGCCAGGUACAAUGGGGAGCACGAAGCCACCGUGACCAUUCAUGGGAUGCUGGGAGAGGAGCCUUGUACCGUGAGCCUCCGGGGUCAGGGCUCAUUUGAUGAGAAAUUCCAGGCCAAGCACCAGGUCUGAGUGCCAGGCUGGGCGGGAGCCAUGGCAAGAGUGGGUGUCAGGACCGAGUGGGUGGCCGAGAAUUAAACAGCCCUGCUGAAA